UUAAAAUCGCAGCUCUCAACCCACAACUUCCCUGCCCCCAUAAACAAAAAUAAAAGAAAGAAACGAAAAUUUUUCUUUCCCUUCUUCCUCCAGCUCCUCUCUGACGGUGACUCAAAUGGAAAAUCAAAACGAAGAAUCAGCCUCCACUCAACCAAAUCAAAGACUCGGCUCACUGAGUCACGAACCCACACCAACCUCUUCUUAUCAACAAGCCCAGAAACGCGACCGCCAAGAUUCGCAGCCGCAUGAAAGCCACGUGCCACCUCAAUCCCCUAAACGAUCAAAGAACGCCAACCCUUCUCCACCGUCGUUUCCACCAAUCUUCCCACUAGAACUCAUCGUUGAAAUCCUCUCAAAUUUACCUGUCAAAUCCCUUCUACGUUUCAGAUGCGUUUGCAGAUCCUGGAAUUCCCUAAUAACCGACCCUUUCUUUGUUAAAAAACACCUCCAAAAAGCCCAAAAUGACCCCAAAUUCACAAAAAAACGAGUCUUGAUCAACACUGGAAACACCCAAACCCAAACCCAAAUCCAAAUCAGCAUCAAAUCAUGCUCUCUUGCCGCCAUAUAUGAAGACCUAAUUGUUAAUUCCUCAGAAAUUGAAUACCCGUCGAAGAGAGCUUCUCGGUUUGAUUGGAUUGUCGGUUCAUGUAAUGGCUUAAUUUGCAUUGCUAUUAGACAAGAUACAGUCUUUUUAUUAAACCCUAGUUUAAGGAUUUGUAAAAGAUUGCCUGAUUUAGGGUUUAGGAAAAGGAGGGGUUGUUAUACUGUUUAUGGGUUUGGUUUUGAUGCUUCUGUGGAUGAUUAUAAGGUUGUUAGGGUUUUUUGCUGUCAAAGUGAGGGUUGUGGAGAUGGUUAUGAGAGUAUAGUUAGGGUUUAUUCAUUGAGGACUAAUUGUUGGAAGAGGAUUCAGGAUUUUCCUUUUGGGGUUCCUUGUGAUGAGGCUGGGAAAUAUGUGGAUGGGAGGUUGAAUUGGGCUGUUUUUAGUAGACCAGAGAUGGGUCUUUCAUGGACUAUUGUUUCUCUUGAUUUGGCUGAGGAGACUUACAUGGAAGUGCUCCAACCGGGUUUUGGAGUUGGUGUGAGUGAAAGGACCUUGGCAAUUUUGGAUGGAUGUCUUUGUGUGCUUUGUAAUUAUGGGAGAUUGUAUGCUGAUGUUUGGGUUAUGAGGGAGUUUGGAAAGAGAGAUUCUUGGACUAAGUUGGUUACUGUUCCAUACAUGCGGGAUCCUGGGUCUGAAUUGUUUUCAAUUCCCUUGUUUGUAUCAGAAAGUGGUGAAAUCCUGCUGCAUUUGGGGGUAAAGUUAAUUCUGUACAAUCCUAAAGAGAAGAUGUUUAGGGUUCCUGUGAUUCAUGGUGAUGCUAUUUCUUAUAUUGAUCAAGCAGAAAUCUAUGAGGAGAGCCUUGUUUCACCAACUCUAAUUAAUCAGCAUUGAUAAAUGGUGUCAAUAACUAGCAAUGUGAAAGCUCUUUCUUUCCCUAUGCAACAUUGGCCUUUAAAAGUUGGGAACUUUCUGUUUAUCUACAUAAGUUGUAAUUUCUUAGUCUGUUUAACAUAGGCCUUAAAUAGCGAGUUAGUAAGUUGUAAUGUCUUGCUGUAUCUACAUUACAGACACUGAGUAGUCUUGUGUUCUAAAUUCAUGCAUUAAAUAUGAAAAAGAAAGAUGAGUGUGUUUGGUCUUUGGACUUUUGAGUUGUUAAAUGGCUUUAAAAAAGACUGAAAAUGGAAUGCCGAUAAAAAACAGGCUACUAAUGGAUAUGAGUAUUUAAUUUGUUACGAAACUCACACUUUCUAUAUUUCAAAAUAAUAACAAAAAAAAUUGUCAUGUU